AAAUAAAUAUAUGUAUAUAUAUAUAUAUAUAUAUAAAAGCACACAAAACUGGCAUGAAAUAGUCAAAGUGCUAAGAUGGGCCCGCCGAAAACUGCAAAACCCAAAAAUGAUAACUUGAGCUCACCAGUUUCGAGACGGAGUGAUCAAUCUCAAAGAAACUCGUUCAUAAUGGAGGUGAAAUUCACUUUAAUCGAGAUGAUAUCCAGGCUCAGGUCGUUCCGCACAAGCAAGCAGCAGCGGGUUCCACUGUUCGAGCAAGAUCUAAUCAAUUUGUGCUAUGUUGCGCGAGAGACCUUUUUGGAUGAGUCGAUGCUAUUGUAUUUGGAUGCACCUCUGCGUGUUGUGGGCGAUGUGCAUGGACAGUUUGCGGAUCUGCUUAGGAUAAUGGAACACUGCGGAUUUCCGCCGCAAGUGAGUUAUUUGUUUCUGGGCGAUUACGUGGAUCGUGGUAAGAAUUCGGUGGAAACAAUAACGCUUUUACUGGCACUUAAGGUCAGGUAUCCAAAAAAUAUAUUUUUGCUGCGUGGCAACCACGAGUCGCAGUCUAUAAACCGUGUCUACGGCUUUUUCGAUGAGUGUAAGCGACGCUACACGAUCAAGCUGUGGAAAACGUUUGUCGAUUGCUACAACUGUAUGCCUGUGGCAGCGAUUAUAUCCAAACGGAUAUUUUGCUGCCACGGCGGCUUGAGCCAGAGGCUGAUGGAUCUAAGCGAUAUUGAAUCGUUGCCACGACCCACUGAUGUGCCGGACGAGGGUUUGAUGUGCGAUUUGUUGUGGAGUGAUCCCGAUCGCAAAGGCUACGGUUAUUCACCCAGCGAUCGUGGCGUCAGUUUUCUGUUUGGACGCGAUGUGAUUGAAAAGUUUUUACGUAAGUACGACUUUGACCUGAUCUGUCGAGCCCAUCAGGUGGUGGAAGAUGGCUACGAGUUCUUCGCUAAAAGGCAACUCGUAACCAUCUUCUCAGCACCUAACUACUGUGGCGUCUAUGAUAAUGCGGGCGCCUCAAUGGGCGUUGAUAAGGAUUUGGUUAUAACGUUUGACGUGCUGCGUCCAACGGAGAUCCGAAAGGGAAGUAUUCGCGGCAAAGCAAUAAAAAUCCUAUCGGGUGCUCAAAAACUCAAUCUUUAGUCAGAAUCUGAACUGAGGUGGAGC